CUUUUCAGCUGAGUCCACGAUCAGGUCACAGCCAGCGCUGUUCGCCUUCUGAUAUCCCCAGACACAAUCCAACAAAAUGAUCAUCUACAAGGACAUCAUCACUGGGGAUGAGAUGUUCUCAGACAUCUACAAAAUCAAAGAGUCUGAGAAUGGAAUGAUGCUUGAAGUGGAGGGAAAGAUGAUCACCAGAGCAGAAGGAGACAUUGAUGAUGCCCUGAUUGGUGGCAAUGCGUCAGCAGAAGUUGCGGAUGAGGGCUGUGACAGCACUUCUGUCAGCGGUGUGGACAUAGUCCUCAACCACAAACUUCAGGAGACCUCCUACGACAAGAAGUCUUACACAGCCUACAUCAAAGACUACAUGAAGGCAGUUAAGGCCAAGUUGCAGGAAAGUGCACCUAAUAGGGUAGAUCCCUUUAUGGCUAACGCACCGGCUGAGGUCAAGAAAAUCCUAGGCAACAUCAAAAACUUUCAGUUUUUCACUGGUGAAUCCAUGAACCCUGAUGGCAUGAUCGGUCUCCUUGACUUUCGUGAGGAUGGAGUCACACCAUACAUGAUCUUCUUCAAGGAUGGUCUUGAGAUUGAAAAAUGCUAAACGUCCCACGCUUCUACAAAUCACCCCUCAAACUCUGGCCUCUGCUUGAUGGUUUGGCCCGUGGAUUAAACCAGUCAUUCCCCCUCAUCCUUUCCAUCAGGACCAGAGGCUCUUUUAACUUCACGAGGCCACUGUUUUCAUUUCUUGAUUGGCUUAUGUCCGUCUACAGCAAGAAGACGCGAACGUUCCCUUCAUGAAAUUUAAAAACAGGACUUUUAGCAAGCCAAGCCACAACGCGCAGAGAUUGUGGUCAAGAAACUGAGUCAUUUUUGGGGUUCUAUUUUAUGUCUUGGUCUUCAUGGAAGUGAAGUUGACUGCUGGCUUCUCAUUUGCUGUGCAUGUCGGCUUCUCAUUUCAGCAGAUGUACAGUUGUAAUUUCCCCCUUUCCAUCACAGGAUUGUAUAGGAUUUCUCAGCACCGUUAUUGAAUAAAAUCAAGCUGCUGGCUUA